AUGUCGUCUGCAUCACCAAAUCAAUACUACAAGGUCGGGGUUCUGUUGUUUCCAGGCGUAGAUAUCCUCGACUUUGCUGGACCAAUCGAAGUUUUCUCUCAUGUCUCGCACAACCGCAAUCCCGACAACCCGGACCGCAUGUUCGACGUCAAAACUAUCGCUCGCAGCCCAGUGAAUCGUGCGGCGAGCUCUCUCACAGUUCACUCGGAUAUGCUCCUGUCCGAGGCUCUCGAGCAAGUCUCAGAGUUUGACAUUCUAGUUGUUCCGGGGGGCCCAACUGCGAUUUUACAGCCGCUUCUCGGUGACAAUGUACCGGAACUGGAUCUGAUCCGCAAAUUUGCAGCUCUUCCUCAGAGCUCGUCAGGCACCAGGAUUCUGUUUUCGGUUUGCACCGGUGCCUUUCUACUUGGUGCUGCCGGUGUUAUUGCCGGAAUGACUGUGACGACCCACCACCAUGGGCUUGAUAGACUCCGAGAGAUCUGCGCUCAGUCAAAUGAUGCGGAGGCCGCUGUGACAAAUGUGGUGCAUAAGCGCUAUAUUGAUGGUGGUUUGCUGAGGGGUGGUAAUGUCAGACUGAUUACGGCCGGUGGAAUAAGCUCUGGCUUGGAUGCCACAUGCUACAUUGUUCGUGAAUUGACCACAGUUGAAAUGGCCAAGUUUGUGGUCCGAGUCAUGGAGUAUGACUGGCGUGAGCUUAGUGAAUGA